CUGACGACCAUACAUUUCUUUGCCUCGCCGGGGAAUCCUCAACCCUACGGACCAGACAGAUUCAUAUAUGGUUGGGGCUCAUUCUUAACUUCUGUCGAUCAGGAUGGGUCUCUACGUCUAAUCUUGCACGCCCAUGAAGUUGACUGGUACGAUACGAAUCAUAACGACAUCCUUGGUUCUCCGCUGCUAAAUGAUUCCUUAGCCAUCCGGGCGACAAUUCUGAUUCUUAUACAGGCCGCUCUCCCUACUGUUAGUUUACUAGGAAUUGUCCGAAGCGGAGGGGGCCAGUUGAAUAGUAGGUCUAAUCUAUUGCAUUACGACCUCGAGACGAAUGUCUAUAACGUUUCCAACAAGGUAUCUGUGACAUUUACAGUUUCCAUUUACUUCCGGAAUGGCAACCGUUGGACAAAUUUUCCCGUUCUUGCAAGGCAGUCCCGCAUAUUUAUCACCGGACGCAUUCUUGGUAUCACAGCUGACACACCUCCACUGGCAAUUGGCGUGGACGAUGUUUACUUCAUUCCAAAUCUCGGCUCUAUUACGACAUCUCUAGUGACACCUACCUCUUCGGCGGGAACGCAGAAGCAAGCAGUCCCACGCAUCAGCAACGAAUAG